GCCCGGCGUCGCCUAGUUACCGUGUUGUAUACAACAUGGCGGCUCCCGGAUCAGCGAUCUGUCUCCCGGCCGCAAAGUGAAGGGAUCGCGGUACAAAGGAGUGUGUUGCCCGGCUCUGGACAUGGCUAUGACCCUUCUCAGCCCCGGCCUUCCGGAGGAAUUCUCCUUUGUCAGUGCCCGAGACCUGGAGGAGAGGAGCGAUGGCGGGUGGGGGAGUCCCAGCCCUGACAACUGGAGGGACCCCAGGGAGUCUGACUCUGAAAGCGAGCAACAGGAGGACAGCAUGGAGGAACCAUUCGAUGGAGUGCUAAAUGAAGAAAGAGUUUCUGAAGGACUGUCAAUGUUGGGUUGUUCGGCUCUUGGAAAUGAACAAGUGUAUCUGCAUCUGACCAUAUCUAAUGAGAAACUGAGUGAUAUCAAGAUUCUCUAUAGUUAUGUACACCUGCAAAAUCUGGAUGUGUCCGGCAAUGAAAUCAGUGAUUUAUCAUGUGUCAGUUACAUGCCUUACUUGACUGAACUGAAUGCUUCCAACAACAUACUGAGUACUUUUUUUGAUUUCGAUCCUCCUAAAAAUCUCAAGGCUGUCAAUCUAUCAUUUAAUCAGAUAACUGACAUGAAGGAUUUAUCUGCUCACAAAGCUCUGACAACACUCUUACUAAACAAUAAUAAUAUCCAGGAAAUAACUGGCUUGCAGGAAUGCAUCAGUCUGACACAUCUGAACUUGGCACACAAUAGAAUAUGUAACAUCUGUGAAUUUGGUAACCUACCAAUCAAAACACUAAAUCUGGCCUGCAAUGAGAUCAGGAAGAUCAGCGGGUUGGAAAAUCUGAAAAGAUUACAAUCUUUGGACCUCUCAUCUAACCAGCUAUCCAGUCUCGAAGGUCUAGAGGGACUGGAACUUCUACAUACACUUGACCUGCAAGACAAUGGAAUUUGUCAUAUCAGUGAAAUUGCUUUCAUUGAAGAACUGCCUUUCCUCCAUGUUCUGAAUCUCCUACAAAAUCCAGUACAGGAACAAGAUGAAUACUGGCUGUCAGUGCUGUUUAUGCUGCAAAGAUUAACCGAAUUGGAUAUGAAAAAGAUCAAAGUUGAGGAGAAGGUGGCAGCAGUGAAUAAGUAUGAUCCUCCACCAGAGGUAAUUGCUGCACGGGAUCAUAUGGCCAAUGUUAUGUACAGCAUUAUCCAGCCACAAAAGAUCUUGGACAGCACAUUGCCCAACCUGGAUACCCCCUAUCCCAUGCUGGUGCUGACGGGGCCCCAGUCCUGUGGGAAGCGCGAGUUAGCACAUAGAAUGUGCAGAGAGUUCAAGGAGUUCUUCCGCUACGGCCCCUGUCACACCACCAGAAAUCCUUACUUUGGAGAAGAGAAACGGUUUGAUUUCCAUUUUGUCACCCCUGAGAUAUUUGAAGAUAUGACAUGCUCCGGUCUGUUUCUUCUGACUAUGAAAUACAGUGGUCACUACUAUGGUCUGAGCGGAGAGGCCGUGGAGUCUGUUGCCAGAGAAGGCCUUGCUUGCUGCACUCACAUGGAAAUAGAGGGUGUUAGAAGUUUGAAGAAUUCUUACUUUAAACCCCGCUACAUCUUGCUCCUGCCAAUGAACAAGGAGAAGUAUGAAGGCUGGCUGAGGAGGAAGGGUUUGUUCACUAGACCUGAGAUAGAUGUUGCUGUGUCUAGAGUGGAUAUGUAUAUAAAGAUACACCAGGACUGCCCAGGCUACUUUGAUGCAGUCAUCAACACAGAUGAUUUAGAUGAAGCCUACAAUGAAUUAAGAUUGCUUGUUAAAGAGUACCUAGGCCUGACUGAGCCAGGACAAUCCAGUCAGAGCUUAACCAGAGCUAAAUCUGGAACCGAUUCUGGGAAACCUCUGACUGGAUCCUCAGCAAAUGAUGCAACUAAAGGCUCCCAGAACAACACCUACAAUGAAUUUCAGGAUUCUGCUGCAAGAAAUUAUUCUGCUAGAGUCUCAGCCAAAGUUUCCUCUCAAACACCUGCAGAGGAGGCCUCUGUUCGUAGACGUCAGCAAGCAGCAAGACAGGCUUUAGUAGGAAAGACUCCUGGAACAUACACCCAGCUGUUUCAGAGAGGUCCAGUAACUGCUCCAGCAACAUUAGGCACCCACCGCCGCCUUCUAGACCCUACAUCAUGCACGUCAAUGAAACCAAGUGGUAGUAACGUAACUGCAGAUCGUAGUUUCCCACCAGCCAGCCCUGACACCAGUUCCAGAGACUCCAGGCCUAGUUCUGGCUUGUCCUUAUUGUCUUCAGCUGGUGCCUUUUCUGCUAGAAGAUCAUCUUCUCAGCCAACGCCUGUCAUCAACAUUCAGUCCCCUCCAGAAGAAAAUGUAGAACCAUUGGAUCUCUCUGGCAUUAGGCAAGAGCAAGACAGUAUUUCAGGUGAUAAAAAGAGUCUGGGCAACACUCCAGAAACACCACGUCUAUCAUCAUCAUCCACUCGCUCUUAUGUCAGAACAUCAAAGUCCAAAUCUUGCUCAUCGCUGCUUUCUGCUCAUGCAAGCCGUCCAGGGUCGAAUACCAAACCCAUUCUACCACCUAUUCCAUCAGGACGCAAGAGGUUUCAAAGUUAAUUCUGCUACCCCUUUGGCACUAGACCAGGCUUUCAAUUUUUCUCCUAAAUGCUUUGCAUUAAACAUUGUUUACUGAAUUGUUGUUUCAAGAGCUAUUCAGUAUCAUAUAAUCAAAAUUAUUUUGUUUGACCUUUGACUUACAGGGGCUAAUUUAUUAAAGUAGUUGAGAAUCUUCACUCAACUUAUAGUUGUGUCCACUUUGAAUACCCAAUCAUGUUCAGAUAAAAUAAACAGGAAUUCGUUUUUUCCAUGACUGAAUCUUCAAUCUUGGCUUCCUGGCUGUCAUGAUUCAGUGGCUUUUGUACUUUGUGUCAUUAACUUGGAACAAAUAUGCAGUUCACAAGUUAUAAUUUUCUUCUCGUCGGUUUCUUCUGGGUCAGUGACUCAAAGUAUUGAAGCCAGAUUAAGUUUGCAGUGGAAGUCUACAGAGAAACCCAUUUAAUGGGGAUGUUGGGUUUGCUAGGACAAUACUGUAAUGUAUUUGCUCAAAAUUACAGCAUGUACAUUUAUAUUGCACUUUUGGCUGAGCAUUCAAUAACCAAGAUUUCUUUAUUUAUAUGCACCAAUUUACAAUAUUGACUGAUUGUAGUUUAAUAAACUGUGAUUGCACUGAGAAUUA